AACUUGUCAUCACUGAGCGCGCGCAAGAGCUCUUCAAAUUAGGGUUCUACACCAAAUCCCUCGUAUCUGUGCAUGAAAAUGGCGUCAACUGGGCCACAACAAUCAUCAUCCUCAUUGAAGAGGCGUGAUUCCAUGGUGACUAGAGAAUCCGAUCAACUCACUAUAACUCCAUUAGGAGCAGGAAGCGAAGUGGGAAGAUCAUGCGUGUUCAUGACUUUCAAAGGGAAAACCGUUAUGUUUGAUUGUGGAAUUCAUCCGGCGUUUUCGGGCAUGGCUGCUUUGCCUUACUUCGACGAAAUCGACCCUUCUACCAUCGACGUUCUUCUCAUUACUCACUUUCACUUAGAUCAUGCUGCAUCCCUUCCAUAUUUUCUAGAAAAGACCACAUUCAAAGGAAGGGUCUUCAUGACUCAUGCAACAAAGGCCAUUUACAAGUUGCUUUUAUCAGAUUAUGUGAAAGUAAGCAAAGUUUCAGUUGAGGAUAUGUUAUUUGAUGAACAAGACAUUCUUCGUUCCAUGGAUAAAAUUGAGGUAAUUGACUUCCAUCAAACGUUAGAAGUCAACGGCAUCCGUUUCUGGUGUUACACAGCCGGCCAUGUUCUUGGUGCAGCUAUGUUCAUGGUUGACAUUGCUGGUGUACGUGUACUCUACACCGGUGAUUACUCACGUGAAGAAGACCGCCAUCUUCGAGCAGCUGAGCUACCACAGUUUUCUCCAGACAUAUGCAUCAUCGAGUCCACUUAUGGUGUUCAGCUUCAUCAACCACGGCACAUUCGUGAAAAGCGGUUCACGGACGUCAUCCACUCAACCAUUUCUCAAGGAGGACGUGUUCUCAUUCCGGCUUUUGCCCUUGGCCGUGCACAAGAACUACUCCUCAUCCUCGACGAAUACUGGUCCAACCACCCCGAGCUACACAAUGUCCCCAUAUAUUAUGCAUCCCCACUUGCAAAAAGGUGCAUGGCCGUCUAUCAAACCUACAUCAAUGCAAUGAAUGAAAGGAUCCGAACUCAGUUUGCGAAUUCAAACCCGUUUGAUUUCAAACACAUAUCUCCCCUGAAGAGUAUUGAGGAAUUCAACGAUGUGGGACCCUCGGUGGUGAUGGCAAGCCCGGGUAGUCUCCAAAGUGGGUUAUCUAGACAGUUGUUUGACAAAUGGUGUGGCGAGAAGAAAAAUGCAUGUGUGAUCCCUGGUUACGUUGUUGAAGGGACUUUGGCGAAAACGAUCAUCAACGAGCCUAAAGAAGUGACACUCAUGAACGGCUUGACUGCUCCACUCAACAUUCAGGUUCAUUACAUUUCUUUCUCCGCUCACGCAGAUUAUGCUCAGACCAGUACUUUUCUUGAAGAACUUAUGCCCCCAAACAUAAUUCUCGUUCAUGGAGAAGCCAAUGAAAUGGGAAGGCUCAAGCAAAAGCUCGUAACCUUUUUUGCAGACCGCAACACCAAAAUCAUCACUCCAAAGAACUGCCAAUCCGUUGAAAUGCACUUCAAUUCGGAGAAAAUGGCAAAAACAAUCGGGAAGCUGGCUGAACGAACCCCUGAAGAGGGUGAAAGCGUUAGCGGCUUAUUGGUGCGAAAAGGGUUCUCGUAUCAAAUCAUUGCUCCCGACGAUUUGCACGUUUUCUCUCAGCUAUCAACUGCUAACGUCACCCAAAGGAUCACCAUCCCUUAUUCAGGUGCCUUCGGUGUCAUCAAACACCGACUCAAGCAGAUUUACGAGAGUGUCGAGUCUUCAACCGACGACGAAUCCGGGGUUCCAACUUUGCGGGUCCACGAGCAGGUUACCGUAAAGCAGGAUUCCGAGAAUCAUCUGUCGCUUCAUUGGCAGGCUGACCCUAUUAGCGAUAUGGUGUCGGAUUCGAUUGUGGCGCUGGUGUUGAAUGCCAGUAGGGAAAUGCCAAAGGUGGUGGUAGAAACGGAGCCGGUGAAAGAUGAAGCGGAAGAGAAGAAGAAAGUGGAGAAGAUCGUGCACGCCCUGCUCGUGUCUUUGUUUGGGAACGUGAAAUACGGGGAGGACGGGCGGUUGGUGAUCAGUGUGGAUGAUAAUGUGGCGUAUCUCGAUAAAUUGAAUGGAGAAGUUGAGAGCGAAAACGAGGGAUUGAAGGAACGAGUGAAGGUGGCGUUCCGAAGGAUUCAAACUGCGGUGAAGCCAAUCCCAGCAUCUGCUGCUACAGCAUGAUAAUCGUCUAGUUCUUGUUUCAGGUUUUUGAUGUUUAGAUGUUGUUCUGUAUGUAAUUUAUCGAUUGAUGUUUCUAGGUGUCGAAACUACGUGUUCGGCUCGGCU